AUAUAGUCAACAGAUCGCUCCUGAACUGAUCAGUCUGCUAAGUGUUUCUGUGACUGAUGGAACGUAAAACUCCUCAGCUCUGAUUCUGAGCGACUGAACCAUCAGCCUGUUGGAUACAUGUAGUAGUUUCUCAUACUCUUUGGUUGGGAACUACCAAACUAUCUGCAGCUGAAUAUAUUUCUAUUCCACCGUCUUUGAUUGAGGAUUGAUACUAUAGUACUCAUUUUUCUUUGGAGUUUGUGAGCUUUCUUGAAUCAUCAUGCCUAUCCUUGUUCCAACGAUUCUCACGAUGCCCAAGUCGUCCACCCGACGGGCCAGGUUCAUCAAACCACUCCCAGUCAUGGUGACUGGACCAACCUGCAAUCACAAGCGAUUUGGAAAAUCGCCGUACUGCAAGUCAUGUUCACCCUUUGGAAAAGUUGAGACAUACAAGAAAAUCUGUCCACUAGGAGAAGGAUCAUAUGCCAAAGUCUACAAGGCAGUAAGCUGUAUAAACCAGCAAGUGGUAGCGCUCAAGGAGAUCAGACUGCAGCAAGAUGAGGGGACACCGUUCACGGCGAUACGUGAGGCAUCCCUCUUGAAAGACCUCAAGCAUGCUAACAUUGUGUGUCUUCAUGAUAUCAUUCACACAAAGACAACGCUCUCGUUCGUCUUUGAGUAUGUGCAUACAGACCUGAGUACGUAUCUGGAGAGGCAUCCAGGGGGCUUGAACCCUAACAACGUGAGGUUGUUCCUCUUCCAGCUCAUCAGAGGUUUGUCGUUCUGUCACAAGCGGAAGAUCCUUCACAGAGACCUCAAACCACAGAACCUCCUCAUCAGCGAAGCAGGAGAGCUCAAGUUGGCAGAUUUUGGCCUUGCAAGAGCCAAGUCAAUACCAAGCAGGACAUACUCACAUGAAGUAGUGACGUUAUGGUACAGACCGCCCGAUGUUCUCAUGGGUUCAACGGACUACUCAACGCAGCUAGACAUCUGGGGUGUAGGAUGCAUCUUUCUUGAAAUGAUGUGGGGACAGCCGGCCUUCCCUGGUCUCAAGGAUGCUACCGAUCAGCUGGAAAAGAUCUUCAAGGUUCUAGGAACACCAACAGAACAGACAUGGCAUGGAGUAUCAAGAUUACCCAACUACGGCAAGGUUGCGGCAGCGGGUAGAUUCCACAAGCCAAAGCUUUUAUGUGAAAUCUUACCAAGUAUACUCCUUAUACCUGGAGCAGAAAGCCUCAUGACUGAUAUGCUACAGUUGGAACCAAGGAAGAGGAUAUCAACAGUGCAAGCAAUGACCUGUCAGUACUUCAAGGAUCUACCACCAAAGAUCUUUGAUCUCCCACCUGGUGCUUCUGUUUUCAAUGUGCCUGGAAUGAAACUAGAGCCAGAGAAAAACAAUCUUUCCAAAUGAACAAGCUCCUCUAUUGGACAUUCCAAUAAUUCUGAUUCCAUAGAGACAAUCUAGGACCAAUCAGAGAGCAGCUCUCAACCUGAGGAAGAGAAGCCUUGCAAGAUGUCAUUUAGGGCCAAGCAACUAAAGCCUACAUGUAUGUAAGAAGCAUGCUGAUUGGCUGUUGAAAGUGCUUUCAAAGACCUGUGUAGGAUCAUGCAAUAUUGAUGGCCAGGAAACUUUUAUGUGAGGCCAUCUGUGAUUGGACAACAGAGGUCCUAAGCCACAAGAGAGACUUGUGGGGAUUGGAUAGAAGAGAUCCCCAGCAACAUCUGCCAUUUGGUGGAAAUGAGUUUUCAAUCAAGAACAAAAAACAGCUCAUCUCCAUUUAAUUUCUAUUGAAUUAUGCUUCUUAUGAAGUAAAUCAAUCAGUGGUGAAAAGUUAUCUCCAUUUUCAAAGUCUAAAAAAGCCAUAAACCGAUGCAUUUAUCUUAUCUCCCCUUUAUUGCAAUUUGUGCUAGAAAUGGGAUCAGUAGAAUGAAAAUGCUUCAUUUGAAUCGGGAGAGUCGGAGGCGAGAUAAUCAAACGUACAAGCCAUAUUCCAGUAUAUUUUAGCCACUGCUUUUGCAUUUAUUGACGAAUAAGCCAUGAACAUAAACUGGGAUAAGUUGACUGAUGGAUGGAUCUAUUGAUUAUCAAAAUUUGCAGUGAAAAUUGAAAUUUGAAUUUAUACCUAUCAGCUUAAGCGACAUAUGGUUUAAAGAUCACCAAUAAAACAGCUCCUCAAUAUCUGUAUUACUGACAUGCAUAAACCAAAGCCAGAACAAAGUGGAUUACAUCAAUAUUUUACCUCUGUCUUAUAUGCAGAAACACAUCUGUGUUCUUUCUUUUGAUGAAUCUAAUUUCAGGUUAAUGAAUUUCAAUUCAAAAUUUGUUUAAUUGUUAAUCAUCUAUUGCGUUUUGAUGCAAAAGAACAUGGGAUCAUAAAAUAGAUUUUUAUGCAAAAAUUGACAGUUUUUUUCUAUGAAAAAGAGGAAUCAAGCAACGGAAUGUUUUACUUGAAAUUUAGCAAUUGAAUAUAUGCAUUAUGUUAUAGCAUUUGUGAACAUAAUAGGAAGGAACAAAAAUUUGCAAUCAAUAAGUUUUUUAAUUACAUGUAUGUAUAGACAGAAUUUUAAUAAUUUUCAGUCCUCAGUAAUUUUGAUUACUACUGAAAUGUCUGUUUUUGCGAAUGUACCGUACCUCUUUAGGACAGUGGAUAUUUUUACUACAUUUGUGUGUCAGGAAUAGUUAUUAUUAAUUCAAUUCUACAAGUGGCCUUUAUAGCGCCGAACACUGAUGAAAACAAAGAUAUUUGUAUUGCAAAUCAAAGAUCAAGAGUAUCACUAUAUUUUUGUGUUGUAAAUAACCAGGUAAAUAAGCUAAUUUAUACAACAUUGAUGUGAGGUAAUUGAGAUAUAUGCAUCUUCUUGUUUAGGUUGAUACGUAGGAGAGAAGAUUAGUUAUCGGGAGUGAUGGGAUACCUGUACAUCUCAUGGAAAUUAACAUAUCGUCUGUUCAUAGUCAAAAGGCCAUGAGCUCACAUACUCGUACACGAGUAUACGCCUUUUCUGGUUAAAAACAGACGAUAUUUCAUUGGCAGUACUUUAUGUAAAGCAGUUGGAACAAUCUUUGAAUUGAAAGAAUCAAAGAGUAAAUUAGAGGAUUUGGGUUUAUGGUGAUAUUCUUCAUAUGAUGAUAAAUUUUGUGACUAUAGGUAGAUAGAGAUUCACCUUUAGUCUAGGGUCUAGGAAAAGAAAAGCAUAUUUAUAUUUCAUGCCAUUUUAAAAAGUUGCCUAAAUAUAUUUUGUUGUCAAAUUUGCAAUUGCCAAAUGGAUUUAUCCCACUGAGUAUACCUAAUUUAUUAUUUUCAAAGUAAACUCAUUUGUUAUAGAAGCAUCCACAUUUGGUGUAUUUACAUUUUAUGUUUAAAACAAUUUAACAAAAUGAAAAGAAGGAAAGACUUUGCAAGUGUCUAUAACACCAAAUCAUAAUUUUGCACAGGUACUUUCAUAAGCAUUGUGUGAUCAAGCUUAAGCAAUUCUAUCUGAGCAGUUACGUGCCAUAGUUUAUUAUUUCUCAAAUACAGAAAAUAAUUCAGCCUUUUUUUUUUUAAAUUCAGGCUUCACAAAAUCAGCCAUUCAGAAUUAGGCACAUUUUUGUUGUUGUCUUUAAUCCAGAAUAAUUGAUAUUAUUAGAAUAUCAAAUUUGAAUGCUUCUUUAAAUAUUCAUGUGUGUAAAAAAGAAUUUGUUUAAAUUGUAAGGAUAAGUGCAAUAGUAUAUAAUGGAGUCUAGAUGCUGGGCAUCUGAUUCAGUUUUUAAUUAUUUUAAUUUUUUAUCUCAUCUUCUUUUUAAAAUAAUCUCAUUUUAUUUAUUAUUUCAUCGAACAAAAUCCAGAGAUGAUAUUUCAACUCUGUUCAACUUAACAGUACUCUGUAUUCGCUUAUAUUUUUGAUGAUCUGUUUUCCUUUCCUUUUUCUUUAAUUUUUUUUCUUUUCUUCAUUCAACUUUCUAAUGAGAAGGGGCUUGUUACCAUUGGUAGACUGAUGCAUGACUAUUUUAAAGUGUACCAAGUACCUAAAGAAAUGCUUCGAUCUAGAGUGUAUAAAAUUACCCUCCAAAAA